GCGAGAGAGAGAGAGAGAGAGAGAGAGAGAGAGAGAGAGAGAGGGAGAGAUGGAGGAAAAAUACCGAUCUCACAUGGUGAAUGAAGAAGGGAAGGAAAUCCAAUGGAGGUAUGGUUCAGCUCCAGAAUACAGCGUCGUCAACAAGCUCUUCGAACAAGGAAGAACAAAGGAAUGGCCGUCUGGAUCUCUGGAGGAGACUGUUCAAAACGUUGUGAAGAGUUGGGAGAUGGAAUUAUCUCACAAGACCUGUCUUGAUGAUUUCAGGUCCAUAAACCCUUCCAAAUUCAAAUUCUCUGUUAACGGAAAGAAGUUCUUAUCAGCAGAGGAAACUCUCAAUCUGGGUAGCUAUAAUGCUUUGCUUCAAAGCCAAAUGCCAUUGGAAAUGCAAGGCUAUAGGGCAGAAGAGGAGAGCUUUGAUUCCUCCCACCAUGUAUUUAAAACUGCCUUUCCUCGUGGCUUUGCUUGGGAGUUGCUUAAGCUCUUCUCUGGACCUCCUGAGAUAACUUUCAAGUUCAGGCAUUGGGGAUAUAUGGAGGGCCCAUAUAAAGGACAUGGCCCCACUGGUGAGGUGGUUGAGUUCAUUGGCAUGGCUAUUAUCAAGGUUGAUGAAAACUUGAAGGCAGAACAAGUAGAGAUCUUCUAUGAUCCUGGAGAUUUAUUUGGAGGACUGCUCAAAGGCCCAAAGCUGCCUUCAGAAGAAUCAGCCAAGCAAGAUCAUGCCGACUUAGAAGAAAGUUUAACU